AUGAAAUAUAUUUUUAAAUUGAAUUUCAAUUAUAGUAUCUGUAUGUUGUUAUAUUUAAAAUUAAAAAUUAAGUUGAAUGGUGCUGGCUACCUGUUCCGAUUACAUUUUCAAUCCAAGAGAAUUCAACUUCGUUUUCCUUAACUUAAUUACCUUAAGAGGCCUAAAAAAUUAAGCUUUAUGUAUGCCUCCUUGCUGGUGAUUGUAAAACAGGAGGGUCAUUAGUUACUUGGAGUCUAUACACAAGAAAAGAUAUUAUUAAAAUAUCUGGACUACCAUAUAGUCAAAAUGCUUGGAAUAUUAAUUCCUUGAAUUGCUCUUUAAAACUUGAUGAAAGAAAAAUUAUUCAAAUAAGCAGACAAGGCAAUUAUCCUAAUUCAAUAAACUUUGGGAUUACAGUAGAAGUUUUAGGAUAUAAAUGA